GUGAAAUUCGACACAACGACGAGUCCUCGUGUUUAGUAAAUUGUAAAUAUUUGUAAAUUAGGUACCAUAAAAGAAUUUUCAGGCACGAAGGAUGCUUUACCUGGAAGAUUAUGUCGAAAUGAUCGAGCACCUUCCUCAGGAGUUGAGGGACCGCUUUACAGAAAUGAGAGAAAUGGACUUGGGUGUACAGAACUCAAUGGACAGUUUGGAGAAGAAAGUAAAAAUAUUUUUUUCAAACGCCAAGAAAAUGAAACCAAACGAGAAGGAAGCCGAGUACGAAUCGAUUCGGAAAGAGUAUUACAAGACUCUAGAGGACGCCGACGAGAAAGUGCAUUUAGCGAAUCAAAUGUACGACUUGGUCGAUAGGUAUUUACGAAGACUAGAUCAGGAGCUCCAUAAAUUUAAAAUGGAACUCGAGGCUGAUAACAAGGGUAUCACUGAAGUCUUGGAGAAGAGGUCCUUAGAGUUGGAUCAACCUACUACGAAUAGUAGCCAGAAAGAAAAUCGUUAUAGCUUUUCUUCCAGUAGGUCUCGUGACAAUCAUAGUCAUUCUCGAUCGGAAAAGAGGAGAGAUUCAAAUGCGUCUUCGGCGUCAGUGGAAAAGAGGUUAGCAGUAGAAAAACUUCCCCCGAGUCUUCCAGAGUCUCGUCCAGCGUCCGCGAAUUCGGGACCUAUAAUUACAACGGCGAGUCUCCCGGCGACGCCAACUGCGAUAGCGAAUUCCGUCGGUCCCGUCAGUUAUAACUUGGGACACAUAGGAGCUGGUGGAAACGCCAUCGCGGCAGCUGCUUCUCAGGCGAUUGCCGCGACGCAACAAAUGCAGCAGGGAAGACGCACCGCGAGCUUAAAAGCGAGUUACGAAGCUAUCAACACUGGCGGCGGUGUUCAUGCUGCUGAAUUUAGUCGAGAAUUAGCCGGUGCCGCUCAAACUGCCAUUGCAGCUAUUCAGGAAACUACCAAGAAACAUAAAAAGAAAGUUACAGCUACCGUUCCAAGUUCAAGUGUGAUUACAGCCGCCGUUCAACAACCCGUUACACCUCCGGUUGUAACGACAGCAACUACAGUUACGGAUCCAGAUAAUCCUGAUUGGACGUAUGAUCCAAAUGAACCAAGAUAUUGCAUAUGCAACCAGGUUUCAUACGGAGAUAUGGUUGCCUGUGAUAAUUCUGAUUGUCCCUUCGAGUGGUUCCAUUACCCUUGUGUAGGCAUAACCGCUCCACCGAAAGGAAAAUGGUACUGUCCACAGUGUACCUCUUCAAUGAAGAGACGGGGCGGUCGGAAGAACUGAUUUCGAUCCACUUGAUCGAGAGAUUUCUACUACCUCUUAGGAUUGUCGAUUGAGCAUCAAUUUAGUUAGGAAACCGUUGAUUCCGAUUUUAUAUUCCUUUUUAAAUGCGUUUAUAAUAAUUUAAGCCGUGGGGUUCAAUUCACUUAGCCACUGUUUUGAACUGCGAAUUCUGAGUUUGAGGACUAAGAAUGAAUUUUAGGUGAGAUCUUCAAUUUGCCAUUGAUUUUCUUUUUUACCGAGUUUUAGUCGAUAAUAAUGCAUUUCUCAAUGCUGUGCGAGAAAAAGGAAACUUCGUGAAACGCAAUAAUGCUUAUUAGCUGAAGAAUACAAAGUGAGAUUGCAAUAAGUGAUGUCUAUAAACUUGAAUUUUGAAUAUCAGCUAAAAGUGAUGUUGAUAGCUAGGUUUUCAGGGUUGUGUCAAAGUGAAAAGACGUGUGGAAAAGCACUUUUUUCUACAAUAAAACGCUUUUCUAAAGAAAAAGCGCUUUUCGUUUUUAGAUUUCAAGUUGUCACUUUUUCAAGUGUGCAUCGUUUGAACGUUAAGCGAUUUGUCCGCUUGUUAUUUCGUCUUGCAGUGACAAGACUGUACUCUUGUUAGUUGUGUGUAUUUGUGAAAAAGACAGGAAAACGGGAAACGAAACAUGAAGAAAAAAUUGUCAAGUUAUCAAGUUUUAGGACAUGUAGUCAUUCCGAUUGUGUAAUAAAGUCAACGAUGCAGAGUUACUUAAUUA